AUGGAUCUAAUCUACUUAAUAUCGAUAUUCGUAGCUCUUUUGAUUGUUCUAGUGACACUUCUAUUCUUGAGGAAUAAGGAUAAAUCAAAAAAAGCACCACAAAAUGAGCAAAAGCAACAACAGCAACCAGCAGCACGAGCUAAUCAAUUACAAAGGGGUCAAGGAAGAAAUCGCGUAAGAGCAGCAGAACAUCAACAGCCAUUACAACAACAGCAACAAAAUGUAGAUGCUGAGGAGCAAGAUUCUGAUAAUGAAAAUACCAAUACUUUAAUUGAUGAGAAAAUGGGAGCAAAAAAGCGUGCAAAACUUGAAGCAAAAGCUGAAAAGAAGGCACAACGUGAGGCAGAAUUGAAGGCUCGCGAGGAACAAAAAAAGAAAGAUGCACUCGUCGACGAAGAACGUAAAAAGCAGGAAGAAAAAGAAGCCUUAGAGGAGAAAAAACGUCUUGAACAAGAACGCAAAGAGCAGGAAGAACGUGAGCGCCGUGAAAAUGAAGAAUACUUGAAAAUGAAGGCACAAUUUGAGGUCCAAGAAGAAGGUUUUGAUGAGGAAGAAAACGAUCAAGAUGAAUUGUUGAAAAACUUUAUCGAUUAUAUCAAGACAAACAAAGUUGUUGUUUUAGAGGAUUUAGCAGCAAAUUUCAAAUUAAAGACUCAAGCAGCUAUUGACAGAAUUAUAGAUUUACAGAAAGAAAAUCGUCUUAGUGGUGUGAUUGACGACCGAGGUAAAUUCAUUUAUAUCUCAGAAGAGGAAUUAAAGGCUGUAGCUAAAUUCAUUCGACAACGAGGCCGUGUAUCAAUAGCUGAAUUAGCUGAGAAUUCUGCAACUUUAAUCAGCCUAUCAAGCUCAUAAAAUGAGAUUUUUUUUAAGUACCUAGCU